AUGGUCAUAUUGGAAGUUAGUAAACAGCACCUAUUAGCUUACGGAUUUCUGACUAAAAAAAAUAUGCAUACCAAAGUUCUCCAAGCUGCAGUUCUAGGUCCGUUCACGUUUCCUCUAUGCGAUCAAUUUUCAACAGGUAUCUGUAUUACUGAUAAUGAGACAAAUUCGGAUACGGAUAAUUCAUUAACCGGUGGAAGUGGUUCUACCGGUGGUCUACAUUCAGAUUAUCAGCCGCCAUAUUUUCCUCCACCGUACUAUCCAUCUAUAACUACACCAAUGAUGAUGAUAACGACAACAACGGAGACAGCAACUAAUAGUUUAGGAACAAAUUUCUAUCAUAAUAGUGGACAAAACACAUCAUUUAUAAAUGGUUCAAAUAAUUAUUCUGGUAAUUUUUAUCAUCCGAAUUUAUGUCAUGAUUCAAAUAUAUUUAAUCAACAUUUACACACUUCUCAACAUCAUCAUCAUCAUCAUCACCAACAACAACAACAGUCAAGAUUACAUACAAACGCAUCGAAUUUUCCAUUUUCUUCAUAUUUUACCACAAAUCCAAAUUAUUAUUCAUCAGUAAAUUAUAUGAAUGGAUCUGUAUUAACUAAUGAAAAUUUAUCAUCACUGUCAUCAUCUUCAUCUGAUAUGAAUCAUACAAAUAAUAUGUUUACAAAUUAUCCAUUCAAUUAUUCGAUACAAAGUGGUAUUCAAACAUGCAACACAGCAACAAUAGCAGAUCAGAUUGUAAACAUUCUUCCACGUUCUAAAUUAUCUGAAAUGGUUGAUCAUUUAACACAAAAUAACAAUAAUCACAGUGGAUGUAAUAAUAAUAGUAAUAAUAAUAAUGGUGGUGGUAAUUCCAAAACACUACAUUUAAAAAUCGAUGAUGAAAUACAUGACGUGGAAACUUCAGCUACCAGUUCACAGUCUUCUUUCAUACAUCGUCCAAAUAUGCAUCACUGUUCACUUAUACCUGAAUAUGAAAUGGUAGAAAAAAAUUUUGCGCAAUCACAUCAUACAACAGAAUCAAACUAUCAACAAAGUGGAACUCCUUCAUCAAUUGAUACUACCGAAUCAUCUCCACACAAUUCAUCACAAUUCUUAUCUCCAGGAUCAAAUAAAGGAAAUUUUGAAAUAGGAUCUGAAAUUAACAGAAUGCAAAUGAGUAGUACAUCAACAACUGAUCCUAGUAGAAAUAUCUAUUCGUCUCCAGUAUCAUGUGGAAUGAAUACCAAUGAAUUAAAUUCAGAAGAUAAAGUAAGGAAUCAUGAAGAGGAGAAAAAUGCUUUAAGAACAUUUAAUUAUCCUGAUAUAAAUUCAUUAAAAAAUGUAUUCAAUAUGGAAAUUACUUCAGAAAUUCAAAACUUAACAGAAGGUUUAUUAAAUGAUCCUACAAAUGUUAUGCUACAAACAAACUUAACUCAAAAUUUAGAUCAAUCUAAUACUUAUAUGUCACAUUCUCAAGGAGCAAGAUUUUCAACAAGUUUUAAUACUGAAUGCACACAGAAUGUUAUUUAUCAACCGACUACUUCAGUAAUACCUGAACAACCGUUUAGUCGUUUAUCUGGUGUGGGAAAUGGUGGAAAAAAUGGAUUUUGUAAAAGAGAAAAGACUCAUAAUAAGGCAAAAGUUGUCGUGCCUCGCCCAACUUUUACCAGUUCCCUGGUUGAGUUUAAUGAAGAUGGUGGGAGAAUUUUUCGAUGA